CUUUAGGGCUGAUAUCAUCUGACCUCUGGGAAGAGAGGAAAGUGCGUUCUUUCAUGGAGCAUGGAAGUUUUCAGACAACAUAGCCAGUGGAGGAGGCAUUGUGGCACUGUGGUGAGUGGAUGAACAACAUCAGACCAGAUGAGGGACAUCGAGGCCUAUGUGACAAUUCUCUAAAAUAUUUAAGCUCUAAAAUCACAGAGCGAAAGCUACAGGGCACCUGGCUGCCUGCUGGCCGAGGGAAUCUAGAGAAACCACUCCCAGGCUCUCGUGGCUCUGUUGUGCCCAUGUUCAGCCCUCAGAAUGGCCUUCAAUCAGUCCAUUCUGAGAACAGCCCACUGAAGCCCAGGGUUGUGACUGUGGUGAGGCUGAGUGGGCAGCCCCUCCGUAAGGUCACCAUGCUCCUCAACAGGCGGUCAGUGCAGACAUUCGAGCAGCUCCUAGCAGACAUCUCAGAAGCCUUGGGCUUUCCAAAAUGGAAGAAUGAUCGUGUGAGAAAGCUGUUUAACCUCAAGGGUAGGGAGAUCAGGAGUGUCUCUGAUUUCUUCAGGGAAGGGGAUGCUUUCAUAGCUACGGGCAAAGAACCCUUGACAUUGAAGAAUAUUCAGAUGGCCAUCGAGGGACUAUAUCCUAACAAAAACCGAGCCCUGACCUUGACUCAGCAUAGCCAUGCCCCUUCUCCAAGGCUGAGAAGCAGACUUUAUAGCAAGGUUCUGAAAGGGGGCCACCACUGUGGGGAGAUUGGGAGUGGCAGUGAGUCUGCCCAGAGCAAAGCAGUCAUCAGGCAUCAGGGAAAGUCCCCCGUGGAGCCUGCGCUGGAAGACAAGGUGAGGGCCUGGAAGAAGUGGGUGAGGGGAAAACAGGAGCCUGAGCCUGGUAGCAAGCUACCCAAAGAAACCACUCUGGAGGAGAGGCAUGCGAGUGGAGAGAAGCACCUGGGGUUGGAGAUUGAAAAGACUUCUGGGGAGAUUGUCCGAUGUGAGACAUGCAGAAAAGAGCAGGAGUGCCAGCAGAGCUUGCAGAGGGAGAGGCUCUCUCUGGGGACCAGUGAGCUGGACAUGGGCAAGUGCCAGAGGUAUGAUGUGGAGAAACUGGUGAGGGCAAGAAGCUGCAGGCGCUCUCCCGAGGCAAACCCUGCACGUGGUGGGGAAGGAUGGAAGGGUGACAGCCAUUGGAGCAGCCCCAGGAAUCCUGUUCAAGAGCUGAACAGACCCAGCAAGAACACAGACAAGAAAGAGAACAGAGACCCAGAGAAUCAAGCCAGCCAUCUUCAGGGAGCAGCCACGACCAAGAAAGAGCUCAUUGAAGUUCCUCCAGUGACAGAGGAGGGUCCCAGGGAUAUGAAGAAAGACAUCAGGCAUGUUUGCAAGAACAAGCAUGGUGCCCGUCUUCUGAGAGAGCACCAGACUGAGCUGGAUAAGCUCUCUAAAACCCAAGGGGAAGAAAAGGAGGCAGAGAAGGAAAAGAAGCCUGGUGUGUCAGGUGUGUCAGGAGGGAGGAGGAUGACUGUCAGAGAUGAUACCCCUGCAAGGGUAGAGAAGGAGCCUAAGACCAGGCCAGAAGACAGCAAGCCAGAACGGUCCAGCAGCCGGAAGCUGCGGCCCACCGGCAUCAUCGCAGCAGAUGUGGAGAAGCAUUAUGAGACUGGCCGGGUCAUCGGGGAUGGGAAUUUUGCUGUGGUGAAGGAGUGCAGGCACCGUGAGACAAGGCAGGCCUACGCCAUGAAGAUAAUUGACAAGUCCAAACUCAAGGGUAAGGAGGACAUAAUUGACAGCGAGAUCUUAAUCAUCCAGAGCCUCUCUCACCCCAACAUAGUGAAACUAUAUGAAGUAUAUGAAAUGGAAACAGAAAUCUACUUGAUCAUGGAGUAUGUGCAGGGAGGGGACCUUUUUGAUGCCAUCAUAGAAAGUGUGAAGUUCCCCGAGCCCGAUGCUGCCCUGUUGAUCAUGGACUUAUGUAAGGCCCUUGUUCACAUGCACAACAAGAACAUUGUCCACCGGGACCUCAAGCCAGAAAAUCUCUUGGUUCAGCGAAAUGAGGACAAGUCUACCACUUUGAAACUAGCUGAUUUUGGCCUUGCAAAACAUGUGGUGAGACCUAUAUUUACUGUAUGUGGGACUCCAACUUAUGUAGCUCCUGAAAUUCUUUCUGAGAAAGGUUAUGGUUUGGAAGUGGACAUGUGGGCUGCAGGUGUGAUCCUCUAUAUCCUCCUAUGUGGCUUCCCUCCCUUCCGCAGCCCGGAGAGAGACCAGGAUGAGCUCUUUAACAUCAUUCAGCUGGGCCGCUUUGAGUUCCUUGCCCCUUACUGGGACAAUAUCUCUGAUGCUGCCAAAGAUCUGGUAAGCCGGUUGCUGGUGGUAGAUCCCAAAAAACGCUACACGGCUCACCAGGUUCUUCAGCAUCCCUGGAUUGAAACGACUGGAAAGAUUAGCAAGGUGAACCUACAAAAGGAAGUAUCGUCCAGCAGUGAGGGCCACAUCCGGAGCCAGCACAAGAGGGUUGCAGAGCAGGCAUCAUAGUCACUGCCUUGGGCAUCUGUUCAGCUCUAAUUCUGCUUCAGGAUGGAGAAACAAAUGGAAGUCUGGAAGAGAAACAGUCAGAGAGGCUUCUGCACAUAAUUGGAGAAUCAGGAGAGAUGCACAAUGUAUUUUAAAACAUAUUUAAAAAAUAAACUGAGUCAUAAUGUUAAAUGUAAUGUAUUUCUAGAUUUGUAUAUUUAAUUCCUUUAAUACAAUUUUGUUGUUUUUCUGGAAAGAGUUGUCAUCAGUGAGGAAUUUUUGGUAAUCAUGAUGUGUUUUGCUUCCUCCUUAUCAUCAAGUUCAUAAUGUACUACAUGAGUGGUGCUUACUAGUGUCUAAACUUCCCCAUAAAAUUAUUAAGGUGAAUCAUGGUUUUUCUGUGUUAAUAAAAUAAGCUCUGAAUAACA